AUGACAACAUUAAAAAGCUGUGAUUACUUCUUCUGGAAAGACGAUGAGCUGCCUGAGGGGUACUAUAAGAACCAUAUCAGAACAUUGAAGCAACAAGUAGAUUCAAAGGAGAACUAUGUUGGACUGAUCAGCCUUAGGAAGAAGGUUGUGGAGUUGGAGUUUCUGCUUUCAAAGGAAAAGUUAGUUGUUGACAAGCUUGAGAAGAAGGUAACAAAGGAAAGGAAGUUGUGA